AUGGCUACGCCGUGGGCCGGAGUGAUUUAUAAGGCGGUGGAGGGGAGUGAGGAUGAACAUCAGCAGCAACAGAUCAGCCUAGACAACAAAGCUGCCACCCCGAUGGCGAUGUCCGCCUACCCUCAGUUCGGCUACACUUACCACCCAACUUCCCCAGCGGCCCCCCAGGAAGCGAAGGAAGAGUUUAACAAAAGGUAUGAAAUAACGAGUAAGUCAAGCUACAUCAGAUCUAAUUUUGAGUUCAUCAAAACCAUUGGAGAGGGUUCUUUUGGUCGCGUUUAUUUGGCAAGAUUAGUAAAAGAAGAAAAGUAUUAUGCAAUAAAAACAUUUGAUAAGUCUAUUCUUAUAAAGAAGGCUCUGACGAAACAAAUUCUUCAAGAGAAAAGAAUUCUCCAAGCCUUAAAUUAUCCGGGCUGUAUCUACUUGGAAAUGACCUUUCAGGAUAACGCUCACAUAUACCUGGGUCUCCCGUUCAUAUCUGGCGGAGAGUUGUACAAUUAUUUACUAAAAAUGGGAAAAUUCGAAGAAUCUGCAUCGCAAUUUUAUGGUGCUCAAGUUCUACUUGCUAUAGAAUACCUCCAUUACUGUGACGUCAUUUACAGGGAUCUCAAGCCAGAGAAUAUACUUAUUGACGUAUAUGGUUAUUUGAAGUUGACUGAUUUUGGCCUGAGCAAAGUAGUGACGCAAAGAACGUACAGUCUCUGUGGUACACCUGACUAUUUCGCGCCGGAAGUCCUUAUGCAUAGAGGUUAUGGAAAAUCGGUGGACUAUUGGUCAUACGGAGUUUUUUUGUUUGAAAUUACUUCCGGCAAACCACCUUUUGUUGCCCCAACGAUGAUGAAGACCUACGAAAACAUCUUGACUGUCGCAUAUUCCAUGCCGAAAUAUUUUUCUAGAAAUUUGGCUCAUCUGAUUUACAAUUUACUGCAGAUUGAUAUCUCGAGGAGAUUUGGCAGCAUGAAGAAUGCAAUCGAGGAUAUAAAGAGUCAUGCGUGGUUCUCUAAGAUUGAAUGGAAUUUAUUAUUUAAUCGCAAAAUUGCUGCGCCAUACAGUCCGAAUGUCAGGAAACCUGGUGAUACUAGAAACUUUGGUCACUUUAAAGAGAAGAAAUUGAGAUUGCACAAAGCAAAUAUUGAACACGAAGAUUUUAAUGAGUUCUGA